AUGGAUGGUGCCUUCUUUUCUUUAUUGGUUGAUGAAUCGCGUGAUGUGUCAAUAAAAGAACAAAUGGCAGUGGUGUUUCGUUAUGUGGACAAAAGUGGGGAUGUAAUUGAAAGGUUUGUGGGCAUUCAACAUGUUAGCGACACUACAUCAAACUCACUAAAGGAGGCUAUUGACACAUUGUUUUCAAGAGAGGAAUUGAGCAUUUCUAUGGUAAGAGGACAAGGAUAUGAUGGAGCUAGUAAUAUGAAGGGUGAGUUCAAUGGUCUUAAAACACAGAUUUUGAGAGAAAAUCCUUGUGCCUAUUAUAUUCAUUGUUUUGCACAUCAACUUCAACUAGCUCUUGUGGCUGUGACAAAGGGAAAUGCUGAUAUUGCCACUUUCUUCACAUCUUGCAAUAGCUUGGUUAAUAUUGUUGGAGCAUCAUGUAAGCGUCGUGACAUGCUUAGAGAUCAACUACAAGAGGAUAUUAUGGAAGCUCUUGAAAAAGAUACUCUUCCAACAGGGCGAGGUUUAAAUCAAGAAACUUGUCUCAAGCGUCCCGGUGAUACACGUUGGAACUCACAUUAUGGUACAUUACUUAGUAUCAUUUCCAUGUUCAAAUCUGUGGUGAAAGUGCUUAAAUUGAUUAUUGAGGAUGGCUCCACUGAUAAUAUAGGUGAAGCAAAUAGGUCAUUGAGAGAUAUACAAUCUUUUGAGUUUGUAUUUCACCUAUUUUUCAUGAGAUCUAUAUUGGGAGUCACAAAUGAUUUGUCACAAGCAUUACAAAGGAAAGACCAAGAUAUUGGGAAUGCAAUGGCUUUAGUCAAAGAUUGCAAAGACCAACUACAACACAUGAGAGAGAAUGCAUUUGAAGCCUUGCUUGAUCAAGUAUCUUCCUUCUGUGGCAAACAUGAUAUUGAGGUUCCAAACAUGGAUGAUGCAUAUGUAGCUCAAUGGAGAUCACAUCGGAAAGCUCCUAGAAUAACACAUCUCCAUCAUUAUCGUGUGGAUAUCUUUAUUCAGAUCAUUGAGUGGCAACUUGCGGAACUAAAUCAUCGUUUCAGUGAGGUAAAUACUGAGUUACUUCUUUGUUUGGCAUGUUUGAGUCCGGAUGAUUCAUUCAGAGCUUUUGAUAAACAAAAGCUACUUCGUUUUGCUGAAUUUUAUCCUCAAGAUUUUACUCCCCGAGACCUCUUGGCACUUGAAGAUCAGCUUGGGAUUUAUAUUCAUCAUAUGCGUACAAGGAGCGAUUUUUCUCAAUUGAAAGGGAUUGGUAGCCUUGCAAGAAAAAUGGUGGAGAAAGGGUUGCAUAAAACAUUUAAUUAUGUUUAUUUGCUUCUCACAUUAGCCUUAACUUUACCGGUUGCAACAGCUUCUGUGGAGAGAGCAUUUUUUGCUAUGAAUAUUGUGAAAGGUCCACUUCGCAACCGAAUGGGAGAUCAAUGGUUGAGUGAUAGCUUACUUGUUUAUAUUGAGAAAGAUGUGUUUAUUUGUAUUGAUAAUGACUCUAUAAUGCAACGUUUUCAGAAUAUGAAAACCUGUCGUGGACAAUUGUAA